GCGCGCUACACUCAGCCGUCACACACACACACACAGCGGACUGAACCGACAGAGCUUUGUGCCGAAAACUAAACCCAACCUGUAUCAGACUAAUGAAUUAAAUCGGCCCACUCGAAAGGUAAAUAUAAAUACCUGCAAACGGAUGCCCUGCACUUGAGCUCGCGCUGUUUGGAAACAUCCGCGUGUAGCAUUCGUUCGGGAGCUUACAAUCGUCCGUGGAAGCAAGUUAGUGGUGUGGUGUGAGUGGCGAGCUCAGGGCAACGGUAGCAGCCCUUCGCAUGUUAACUAGCGGCAGAUGCGUCGAAGUGCAAAAAGACAGUCAGGCCAGUAGAAGACCGCUUGGAUCGUCAGACGUCUACGAGCAUGGAGUUCCCGCAACAGCAGAAACCGGCGGGCGACGGGAAGGUCUGCUAUCCUCCUGGAGUCAAAGAGAUUACGGACAAAAUCAGCAACGAUGAGGUGGUCAAACGCUUGAAGAUGGUGGUGAAAACCUACAUGGACAUGGAUCAAGAUUCUGAAGAGGAGAAGCAGCAGUAUCUUGGCCUAGCACUCCACCUUGCCUCAGAGUUCUUCCUCAGGAAUCCCAAUAAAGAUGUGCGGCUGCUCGUGGCCUGCUGUCUAGCUGACAUUUUCAGGAUCUAUGCCCCCGAGGCCCCUUACACCUCGCAUGAAAAACUCAAGGAUAUCUUCCUUUUCAUCACUAGACAGUUGAAGGGACUGGAAGACACCAAGAGCCCUCAGUUUAACAGAUACUUUUAUCUCCUGGAGAAUUUGGCGUGGGUUAAAUCAUAUAACAUAUGCUUUGAACUCGAGGACUGCAAUGAGAUCUUCACCCAGCUUUUCAAAACACUCUUCUCUGUGAUCAAUAACAGCCACAAUCAGAAAGUGCAGAUGCACAUGAUGGACCUGAUGUGUUCCAUCAUCUUGGAGGGGGAUGGAGUCACACAGGAGCUGUUGGAUAGCAUCCUCAUUAACCUCAUUCCUGCACACAAGAAUCUGAACAAACAAGCGUACGAUCUUGCGAGGACUAUCCUGAAGAGAACAGUCCAGACGAUAGAAACAUGCAUUGCAAAUUUCUUUAAUCAGGUUUUAGUGAUGGGCAAAUCCUCUGUCAGUGACCUGUCGGAGCACGUUUUUGACCUCAUCCAAGAACUCUUUGCCAUUGAUCCUUUGUUACUUACCUCUGUUAUGCCACAGCUGGAAUUCAAACUUAAGAGCAAUGACGGGGAAGAGCGUUUGGCUGUUGUACGCUUACUAGCAAAGUUGUUUGGGGCCAAAGACUCUGAGCUGGCCUCACAUAACCGACCUCUGUGGCAGUGCUUCUUAGGAAGGUUCAAUGACAUCCAUGUUCCGGUGAGGUUAGAGUGUGUGAAGUUUGCCAGCCACUGUCUCAUGAACCACCCAGACCUGGCGAGAGACCUUACAGAGUUUUUGAAAGUGCGUUCCCAUGACCCUGAGGAAGCCAUUCGUCAUGAUGUCAUAGUCACCAUCAUCAACGCUGGGAAGAAGGAUCUUAAUUUGGUCAAUGACCAGCUAUUGGGCUUUGUAAGAGAGAGGACGCUGGACAAGCGGUGGCGAGUGCGCAAAGAGGCGAUGAUGGGCCUGGCUCAGCUUUAUAAAAAAUACUGUUUGCACCACGAGGCGGGGAAGGAGUCUGCCCUGAUGAUCAGCUGGAUCAAAGACAAGCUGCUGCACAUCUACUACCAGAACAGCAUUGAUGACAAGUUAUUAGUGGAAAAGAUCUUUGCCCAGUUCAUGGUCCCCCACAGCCUUGAAACAGAAGAAAAGAUGAAGUGUCUCUACUACCUGUAUGCUUGCCUGGACACCAAUGCUGUCAAGGCUUUGAAUGAGAUGUGGAAGUGUCAGAAUAUGCUGAGAGGCCUGGUUAAAGAGCUGCUUGACCUUCACAAACUGCCGGUGUCUGAGGCCAAUAACACUGCCAUGUUUGGAAAGCUGAUGAAUAUUGCAAAGAACUUGCCAGAUGCAGGAAAAGCUCAAGAUUUCAUGAAGAAGUUCAACCAGGUUCUUGGGGAAGAUGAGAAGCUCAGAGCCCAACUCGAGAUGCUCAUCAGUCCGACUUGCUCCUGCAAACAAGCCGAGAUCUGCGUGAGGGAGAUCACUCGGAAGUUAACGUUUCCCAAACAACCCACCAACCCUUUCUUGGAGAUGGUCAAGUUCCUGCUUGAACGCAUCGCCCCUGUCCACAUCGACUCUGAAGCCAUCAGUGCUUUGGUAAAGCUGCUCAACAAGUCAAUUGAAGGCACAGCAGAUGAUGAUGAGGAGGGUGUUACCCCUGAUACAGCCAUCCGCUCAGGCUUGGAACUACUCAAGGUUCUGUCGUUCACCCACCCCACAGCAUUCCACUCAUCAGAGACCUACGAGUCUCUUCUCCAGUGUCUGAAAAUGGAGGAUGACAAGGUGGCAGAGGCAGCGAUCCAGAUAUUCAGAAAUACCGGACAGAAAAUUGAGACAGAACUACCGCAGAUAAGAUCGACUCUAAUUCCCAUUCUACAUCAGAAAGCUAAGAGGGGGACACCUCACCAGGCCAAACAGGCCGUGCACUGUAUACACGCCAUCUUCAACAACAAGGAAGUGCAGUUGGCUCAGAUUUUUGAGCCUCUGUCACGGAGUCUAAACGCAGACAUUCCUGAGCAGCUCAUCACACCCCUCGUGUCACUGGGCCACAUCUCCAUGCUGGCACCAGAUCAGUUUGCCUCGCCAAUGAAGUCCAUAGUGGCUAACUUCAUCGUCAAAGACCUGCUAAUGAAUGACAGGUCGGUGGGAAACAAGAAUGGUAAGCUGUGGACCACUGAUGAAGAAGUUUCACCUGAAGUUCUGGCUAAGGUCCAGGCAAUCAAGCUGCUGGUGCGUUGGUUACUAGGAAUGAAGAACAACCAAUCCAAGUCAGCAAAUUCCACAUUACGCUUGCUGUCAGCCAUGCUAGUUAGUGAGGGAGACCUCACAGAGCAAAAAAAAAUCAGUAAAUCAGACAUGUCUCGCCUAAGGCUGGCCGCAGGUGGCGCCAUUAUGAAGCUGGCCCAGGAGCCCUGUUACCAUGAAAUCAUCACACCUGAACAGUUCCAGCUGUGUGGCCUCGUUAUCAAUGACGAGUGCUACCAAGUGCGUCAGAUCUUUGCUCAGAAGUUGCACUUGGCUCUCGCUAAACUGUCCCUGCCACUGGAGUACCUGGCUGUCUUCGCCCUGUGUGCCAAGGACCCGGUGAAGGAGCGCCGUGCCCACGCCCGACAGUGCCUACUCAAGAACAUCUCAGUGCGCAGAGAGUACAUCAAGCAGAACUCACUCGCUCAGGAAAAAAUGGUCUCCUUCCUCCCGGAGUAUGUUGUUCCUUUCAUGAUCCACCUGCUGACUCAUGACCCGGACUUCACGAAACCGCAGGAGUACGACCAGCUCAAAGACAUUAAAGAGUGUCUGUGGUUCAUGCUGGAGGUGCUGAUGACCAAGAAUGAGAAUAACAGUCACGCCUUCCUGAGGAAGAUGGUGGAGAACAUCAAACGGACCAAAGAUGCACAAUGUCCUGAAGACACGAAAGCCAAUGAGAAGCUGUAUAUCGUGUGUGACGUGGCGCUCUUCGUCAUCGCUAACAAGAGCACCGCAUGUCACCUGGACUGCCCAAGCGAGCCCGAUAUAUGCCCCAAAUUCUUCCUAGCACUAGAUAAGGACUUCAAAAAUGACAAAGACUAUCUGGCAGCAGACAUGCGACAAAUGCUGCUCACCGGAAAGCCUAAAUCCGCUCCGGUGUUGGUGACUGUCAACAAAACUCUAACUGUACCGGGCAGGAAGAUCUUUAAGACUCAGGCAGUCUCAGAUACAAGUAAUGCCAGCACCAACUCCUCGCCGCUAAGCUCCUCCACUGUCAACAAGAACAGUAAAAGCAUCACAGCCACAGAGUCCGCAGAGAGCCGAACGCAAGAAAAUAACGAGAAUCCGGUCAUCAAGAAGGAAGACGUCAAGAAGGUGGAGCCGAGUAAGAACGUGAGCGCCGACGCCGGAACGGAAGCGCAGCCCGUAAAACGGCGCGGCCGGCCACCCAAAACGGGCACGGCCGCUUCUCCCGCGGCGGCCAGCAAAGAGACGCCGUCGACAGGCGGCGGGGCCGGAAGAGGCAGGAAGAGAGGAGCGGAGCCCAACUCCAACCCGUCGGCGGAGCCCGUCAAGAUGUCAAAGCAGCAGAACGACGAGGGGACAAAUCGACAGAUUGACCUGCAGAGGUAAAGAGUGGAGCCGCCAUAGAAUUCUUCACAGCCUCCCGCGCCGUCGUACACGUUCCUCUUGCUGACGUCCUCCUGGACACUUACGGACCUCUUCCUAAAUCCAUCACACAGAUCUCCAUUUUCCCGGCACGUGGACUAUCAUGACAUCCUAGAAGGUUUCUAAACUCUCUGUAGUUAUCAUUUGAAGCUCAUUGUAUGUAGGUCUUAAACUUAUAUUUUUUUUGUGUGUUUGUCACGCUAUGCUUCUUUUUUGGAGACAUUUUUAAGAAAAGAAAAAAAAUCAUGGACAUUUUACAGAAAUUUUAAUCCGGUAUGACUAUUGCUUAUUAAAUUCCCUGGUAAAAAUCCUCCUAUGCGACUCCUGGCCUCUUCCUCAAUAUUUGCUAUACAGUGGUACCUUGACUUAAGACUCACCCAACUUUCGAGUUUUUCCAGACAUGAGUUGUCACUCGGAUGAUUUUUCGCUGGAUAGCGGCAGCAAACUCGACUGCAUUGACAUGCAGCAGUUUGGCAGAUGCUUGAUGCUAACACACAAUUUAAAAAGCCCUAGACGGGCUAACGAAUAGCAUCUAUGUGGCGGUGUUACGCUUUAGCCAACGGAUAUUUUGACAAAUGGUGCGACAUUACACAAAGGCAUAUAUUCAAAUGACCUUUAUUUAACCAGAUUAACAUCCUUGAGUUUAAAACCUAUUAUACAAGAGCGACGUGGCCAAGACAGCAAAAAACAUUUACAGCAGGUUCAGAUUACAGGCACGUUAUCAGAGUUGCAACAUCUGAAUGAGACGUUUUUGUUAUCUUUUAGAAUAGUUUUUAAUUAUUUAGCGUAAUUAGUGCUGGUAAUUUGAGGUCUUUUUUGUUUUUUGUAUUUUUGAUAUCUUGUUUAAGGCUGCCCCUUUCCCUAGGUCAGUUCACACUCUAGGGAUCGAAGGGCAUGCUGGUACUGCUUAAUGCACAAAAAUACACUUCAUAGUGUACCAAUUGAGUUUGCUCCGCAGGGUGUCCGGGCUCUCCCUUCGAUAAGGGGUGAGAAGCUCGGUCAUCCGGGAGGGGCUCAGAGUCGAGCCGCUGCUCCUCCGCAUGGAGAGGAGCCAGAUGAGGUGGCUCGGGCAUCUGGUUAGGAUUUCCCCCGGACGCCUCCCCGGUGAGGUGUUCCGGGCACGACCCAGGACACGCUGGCAAGACUACGUCUCCCGGCUGGCCCGGGAACGCCGCCUGUGGGCUCCCCCGCUUAAGUUGCUGCCCCCGUGACCCGAGCCCGGAGAAGCGGAAGAGGAGGGAUGGAUGCGUAGCAGCCCAAUCGGAGCGUUGCGCAAGAGCGCGAUGCUUCGUGUCAGUCUGCAUACGGGAAAAGAGUGGCACUUUGCACUCGCAUACAGGGUGCAAUAGUUUAUGCCCUGUGAAAAGCGACUAAUAUUACUGCACCUGACUGAGUCACUUAGUUGUGAAACUCUGUAUUACACUACCCCUGGUGGCCAAUGUGUGCAUAACAGAGGGAGCAUGAUGUGGGGCCGGAAAGGAAUCAUUUUAUUUUUCCAUUUGUUUCCAUGGAGAAGGAUUUGAGCUACGAGUGGGUUGCGUUCCAAGAGUGCUUGUGGAAGGAAUCAAACUCGUAAGUCAAGGCACCAGUGUACUGAACAUGAUCGGAUGUCUCCCAAUUACGAGCUCAAACACACUGACCGCUUUGUACAUAGUAACGGACAGCUUGAAAUGUCAGUCUGUAUAUAACGCUAAGAUUUGUCUGAACUUGUGUUUUGGUGACGCGCUUCAUGUGUCUUGGGUGCCUCGGCUUGGACCAAAUGAAACGACAAUUCUGAAUUCUGACCUGCUCCACCAAGCCUGGCCAGGACCUCUGAAAGAAACCGUUUCGUUUGAAUUUACCUUUUGGUUUGUCUCUAAGUAUGUGACUUGACUUCAUCCUAGAGUGCAUAAAUUGUAUACUAUCAUGGAAGUAUUUUUCAGUCUUCGUCCUGUUUUAUAAUUAAAUGUAGUUUGUACCUUU